GAUGGCGGCUCCCCCGCCCCGGAGCCCGCGCGCGCCCAGCCCCUCGGCCCGGGAGCCUCUUGCCGCGGGGAAAGGACCGACGCGCCAGGUCGGGGAUUAAGAAUCAUGUUGCAUCAAGCAAAGGACAGGCAGAAGUUCAUCAGUGAUGUUCAGUAUCUGCGGGACAUGCAGCAUAAAGUGGACUCCGAAUAUCAGGCUUGUCUAAGGCGACAGGACUACAGAAGAGACCCAAAUGAGAAGAAACGAGAUCAGUUUGGGGGGCAAGAGACAAAUUUUGAGAGAUCCCAAUUUUCAAGCGGAUCUUCUUUCAAACAGAGUUCUGGUGAAGAGGAUCCUCUAACCGAAACAAGAUUAUCUGCUGAGAAUCCUGCAGUUAAGUGUGAUUCCAGACUUCCAGCAAUUGACCAAUCAUCAGUCAAGCAGAAACAUAAAAGUACCAUAACUCCACAGAAACCAGAGAAAGCAGGCCCCAGCAACCCCUCUCCAGCAGCCCAGGCACCACAGAUUUUAUCAAGGAAGAGGAGGCCAAAGCUGGGGAGACUGACAGUCAGCUCAGAAAUACAGAGACCACAAGCAUCCAGGGACAGAAGCAGACAGCAGAAAUUGCGGCUGCUGGCAAAGGCACCAGCCCUCAGGGGAGCAGGGAAGGUCCUACGCCAGGCAGGAACCAAGUGUGAUGCUAAGCUGAAGAGGCCCAGUCGAGAGAGAGGAAACGUAGUCCGGUCCUCACAGCUCAUGCCCAUGCCUGGGAGUCCCCCUGAGGGAGCCCGGAAAGGAGAGCCGGGUGCUCUCUCCCAGAAUGAGGCACGCCGGGCCCUAUCCCGGGCCUGCCAGAGAGCCAGGGGUCCCGUGGUGAGAGAGUCCUUGGGGCCACUGCUCACAACCAGCACCGUGGGAGGGCCCAGAAGGGUGCCGUUUAGGUUCAGAGACGAAGAUUUUUAUUCUGUUUUACUGUUAAACUCUGGAGAAGAAAAUGAUGACACUGAAGAGGAAAUACAAGUAGAGGAAGAACCUCUGCUGGCUGGUAAGCGCUCCCCUUGGUCUCCUGCCAGUUAUAAGAGAAGUGCAUUUCCUGGGACUUCGGCCACUCAGGUCAAAAAUAAAAAUUUUGAAGGAAAUUCUGAAAAUUGCAGAGUUACUUCUGCAGGAAGAAGUGAGUCCAAUCAUGGCUCAUUAAGAAGAAGCGGUGCAGUGGGGCCAGUGACAGACCAGCCAUCUGUCGGGCAAAGGGUGUUCCAAGACCCUGGGUUGCCUGAUGGCGGGCCUCCUAAAGAGAAUGACAGUGAGAAUGAGAAAAAGACCUUUAAUUCAUGGGAUGCCAAAUUCGAACCCCGUCUAGAUGGUGAUCUCACUGCUGAAAAUGUCUGCAGCAAUUGUGCGUCUAGGGAAGACAGGCCUAGUAACCGCAGCUAUGAGAGAGACUGGCAAACCUAUUUAAACCCUCCUAGGAGCUCUCCUGACUACUUUGUUUCUGGCAGACCAACAACUCCAAGAUCACCCAUGAAUUCAUCUUACAACACUCCUGGAUCAUCAAUGCACCACGUUCUGAGAGAUGAUAUUCCAGUACGUUUGUCGCUGUCCACAUUAUUUCACAGUCCAGGCAAGGGAAACUCAAUGUAUAAUGUUUGUCAACCACUGUCGCCCAUUGGGCGUAGGAAUCCAUUUGCCAGCACUGGAAACCACAGUUAUUUUCCAGUAAACUGUGGACAUGAAUUUGAUGUCAGGGGAGCGGAAAAUAUUACUUUAACAAGCCCAUCUCAGGGAGCUCCAUUACAUAUGGAAGACCUCUUGCUAAAUCCUCAAAGCAGCUUGCCCUCGGUGGAACCUUCCAGCUCCUCACCAUCAAGAAGGAACUUACAAGGCCACUUGCAGGUGCCUGGGUCCCUCCAAGAAAGUACACCUUUUACUUUCUUCACGGUGUCUGAUUUCCAAAAUGAUAAUGCAACCAGAAUGGCAGUCUCUGGUUUCACAGAUGAAAAGGAAGACAUGAAAAUAAAGGCAGACCCUGAGAAACUCAAGAAAUUGCAAGAAAGUCUCUUGGAAGAGGACUCCAAGGAGGAAGCCAGGGGCUUCCCGGCCAACCCCCUGCUGGAGCCCUGCAGCUGCGUGGGGAGCCUGCGGUUCGUUCAUCGCGAGUGCCUGAGAAAGUGGCUGGAAGUGAAAAUAACAUCAGGAGCGGAUCUAGGCACCGUGAAGACCUGCAAGAUGUGUAAGCGAGACCUGCUGGUUGACCUGGAUGACUUUAACGUGACCGAGUUCUACCAGAGGCACCAGCAUUCCCGGGCACAAAAUGAGCUGAUGAAUUCGGACUUGUACCUGGUGCUGCUGCCUCACCUCUAUGAACAGAGGUUUGCAGAACUCUUGAGACUCAACUACAACCGGGCUGCAAGAGAGAGGUUGUCAAGAAACUGCCCACAGCCCAGACCGGAGGAAAAUGAAAAUUCCGAGGUGGAAGAUGGAAAUGAAAGCAGCACUUAUCAAAGCAACAGCCAGGUCCUCUAGCAAGGGAGCUGGCCGUGGAGCUCAGCAGAGACCUCUGUCCCCAGCCACCUUUCCUACGCCCCCAUGCACCUCCCUUCCUUCUCUGUAAUGAAACUGAAACCAAUGUGUUUGCAGUUCUCAUUUCACUUUUCUGCCACUGUCUUUUCGGAGUCUGGCGAACAGACAGCAACAGUGACCAGCCCAGACCCAGACAGUCCAGGCCACACAGCCUGAGCUUGCUGGGCCCCUGCAGGCUGCCCUGCAGCUACUCCUCAGCCCA